AUGGGAUACGGUAGGAUACGGUACGAAACGGUAAAGUAAGAUAGGGCAGAGUAGGUAGGAUAGGAUAGGGUAGAAUAGGGUAGGGUAGGGUAGGGUAGAGUAGGGUAGGGUAGGGUAGGGUAGGGUAGGGAAGGUUAGGGUAGGAUAGGGUAGGGUAGGGUAGGGUAGGGUAGGGUAGGGUGGGGUAGGGUAGGGUAGGGUAGGGUAGGGUAGGGUAGGGUAGGGUAGGGUAGGGUAGGGUAAAAGGCGGCGCGGUAGGUCUGUAAUGUAAUAUACAGUAAGGCACGGCUCUGUAAAAAUUUUUUUACGACGUAGGUAUUUUUAUUAUGCUAUGUGAUUAUCUUGACCACCCAGUAAGUGAAACUUACUUACUGUUUUAAUUUACAACUAAGUUAAUGUAUGUAAAUACGAAAAAUCACGUUGUAAACAGUAUAAAAGGGUAACAUGCAACUUAAAUAUACGUUUACAAAGCGUGAAACAACGACUUUGAUAUUUUAUGGCUAAACCCGGCAUUAAAUAUACUUUUAAUUGUACGUUAUAUGUACGUAUUAUAAAAGACAUGUUUGUUACAGUUGUGAAACAAACUUUAUAAAUAGAACACGGUAGAAUACGUUAUAGUACAAUAGGAUUGUGUUGCAAAGAUCACGGCAGAGUACGAUAAAAUACGGUAGGAGUAGGGAGGUAGGGUACGAUAGAAUACGGUAAAGUAAGAUAGAUACACUAGGGUACGGUAGGGUAGGGUAGGGUAAGAUACAGUAAGAUACGGUAGAGUACGAUAGGGUAGGGUGGAGUACGGCAGGGUAGGGUAUGUUAAACAAAAUUUUUUUAAAUUUUUGUUUACAGACCUUCUACGUAUACGAUGGAGUACUAUACUACUACUCAGACAACCCCUACUAUUCAAAAAGUGUCACUACAGCUUACUUUGGUGGAGCUCUCUUCAGCUUCUUCGUACUAUUUAGUAUCAUAGUUACCGUAAUACAGUUCAUGUACCGCUAUGGCUUACUAUGUAGACCACGCCCAUAUACUAAAUUUCAAUUACUAUUAGCAUUUACAGCCCUAUUCAGCUAUAUUAUAGUACACCAUCUGCUUUUCAAAGUCACUUUCAAACCGCCAAGUGUAGAGUACAACAAGAUCCUCAGCAAUCAUGAUCAAAAUCUAGACUGGUAUAUCGUGGCUGAUCUACGAAGUGUCAAUGCGGUCUGGGCUCAUUUCCUGAGCUUUCAAACAGUCGUAUCUUUCUCGUAUACUGUAAAUAUUUGGUUUGGAUAUAAGAUUGUCAAGUUUUUGAAGGAACAGUCUGGUGGAAUGUCAGCAAAGACAUUGAAGGCUCAGAAGACUAUCACUUAUGUGCUGUUUGUUCAGGUAUAGUAUCACAAAAACGUUUGUUCAAUCUGCUCCGCCACUCUAUGCUAUCCAGCUUAGCCCAGCUCAAGCCAACCCAUUCCGAUCCCUCUCAGUCCAAUCUACUCCAGUCUAGCCCAGUCAAAUUUAUUUCAGUUUAGUAUAGUCUAUCUUAGUCUGGUCUACUGCAGUUUAGUUUAGUCUGCUCUAGUCCAGUCUAGUCCAGCCCAGCCCAGCCCAGCUUAGCCCAGCCCAGUUCAGCCCAGCCCAGCCCAGCCCAGUCCAGUCCAGCCCAGCCCAGUCCAGUCUAGUCCACUCCAAUGCAGUCCAGCCCAUCCCAGCCCAGCCCAGUCCAGUCUUGUCCAGUUCAAUUUUCAGUUUACUUCAGACCAGUCUACUCUAG